UUCGAGAAUGAGACUCGGAGCAGGAAACAGCUGCGUGCUCUGGAAAGUGGCUUUGCUGUUGACGCUCUGUGGAGUUGCAGCAGCUCAUAUGGAGGGUCUUCUGGGCGUUUGCUCAAGCACCACUGUGCCGGUGGAGUGUUUGCCGGGCUGCCAGUUGAUCUGUACAAGUAUUCUCAUUAUACGAAGGUGCAUCGCAUUAGAAUGUAGGCGUGGCUGUGUGUGUCCGCCGGGCUGGGUGCGCAAGGGCUCAAUUGAGGGCGUCUGCAUUAAGCGCAGUGCCUGCAGGCGCUGGGUCUUAUGAAGAUGCCCUGCCCUCUAGCAGCUAAACAAUAUAUUGUAGCAACUGAAAAUGAGCUGAAUAAGUUUCACCAGGCAGCCUUAAGUCGUUCCGGCAUUGACCUUGUCCAACCUUGGCCACUCUACCGUUUCAAGCGAGCAUCGCAAACAACACCUAGACGUUACCUGUUCCCCCGGCUGAAUGCACUCCAAAGACCACAUUUCACAUUUGACUGACAACAGAUUGGCUGGGGUGAACUACCGAUUAAGUGGCUGGGAUGAAGCUGCAAAUCUUCAAGUGUGAACAGACAAUAUAUACUCUCUGUCUAGCUCU